UUCUAAACUAUAAUGUAAACAUCACCUUAUAGUCUAGGGCAAUUACUUUUAAUUGAUUUGAGAAGCAUUAAAGUACAUCCCUACUUUGACAAAAGAGAAUUUGGAAUUAUUAAAUAUUUCUGUCCCUUCGAAGAGUUAAAAAUGAAAAUUAAAAAUAAAGGCAGGGUUUUGAGUGAUAAUAUUCGGAAGGUAACCUCAAAAAAACUUAACCCAUUUGAAGUUCACAUUAACCGGUCCAAACAUCAAGUCUUAGGUAGAAUGUUGAAAAGUGACCGUGGAUUACCUGGUGUUUCAAAAAACAAAGCUUUGAUAAAGCGUAAGAACACACUAUUACAAGAAUAUAAAAUUAGAGGAAAAAGCAAUCAGUUUAUUGACCAGAGAAUUGGAGAGAGAAAUAAGAAUAUGACCGAAGAUGAUCGAAUAAUGGCACGUUUUGCAGCUGAGAGAAUGCGGUCGUUUAACAAGAAAGCAAUGUUUAACUUGUCUGAUAGUGAAGUUUUAACCCACAAAGGGCAAACGCUGAGUGAAAUUGAACGUUUUGAAGAUACCAGAAGUGACGAUGAAGAAGAUGAUGAAGGGAGGAAGAGCAGUGGCACACUCAAAGGUAAGUUUGUUGAAAACGCACAUUUUGGAGGUGGAAUGCUGAAAACGAGUAAACAGGACCGAGAAUCACUGAUUGAUCAAUUAAUUAAUGAAUCAAAGAAGCGCAAAGCAGAAAGACAACGAAACAAGGAAGAAACUUUGGAAGCUACAGAACAGUUGGAUGAGGAAUGGAAAAGUCUAGGAGUAAUUGUUACAUCCACCAAAGAUACAGAAGAGGUCAACAAUCAGAAAAAAGACCAGUAUGAUAUUGUGAUGCGUCAAUUAAAGUUUGAGCCCCAUGGACAGGCCUCACAAAGACUUAAAACAGAAGAGGAAAUUGCUAAAGAAGACAGGGAACAACUUGAAAAGUUGGAAAAAGAACGUCUGAAACAACUACGAGAGAUAGAACUAAAUAAAUAUGGUUCUCAUAAAAGUGCGGACGAUUUGGAUGAUGGGUUUUCUAACUAUGCUGCUGACUUAACUGAAAAUGAUCUUGCUGCAAGUGACAAUGAUAAUGAAAGUUCGAAUGAUGAUGAUGAAGGUAGCAAACACGGUGAAGAUGAAACUUCUGAGAGUGAUGCUGAAGAUGAUGAGGAAGACAAAAGUGAAAAAGAAGAUGGGGAAGAAGAGGAAGAUGAUGAACCAGAAACAAAAUGCAAGCGUGUGAAAUCUUCACACAAUGAUGUUUCUGAUGUAAAAACUUUAGUAAAAAAAAUGUCCACUAUAGAAAAUGACAAUAUUGAACCCUCUGCCAGUGAAAAAGACGAAUCGUCUGAAGAGGAGUCUUCAGGUGAUGAGUGUGCGAUGGACGACUUAACAGACCUGAUGCCACCAGUAGAUUACGAAUCUACUUCCUUAACUGAGAGUGAAAAUAUUGUAGACAAGUCAAAAACACCUGAAAAAACAAAGGAAGAGGAACUUACUAAAGCUGAAAUUGAAGAACUGGAUUUACCUUAUGUUUUGAACAUUCCAGACAACUACGAAUCAUUUAGAGAUUUACUGAAGAACCGGUCUGUCAAACAACAAUAUGUGAUAUUUGAAAGAAUGCUCAAAAGCAACCACCCGUCUUUGGAUCCAGCAAACAAGAGGAAAAUGUUGACUCUAGCUGGGUUCAUAGUUGAACUUGUCAGCAAUGGAAGUAUCAUCUGGGAAUUCUUACCAGUUUUGGUAUCACAGUUUAAUUUACUGAAAGAGUUCAACAAAGAAGAAUGCCUUAAAAUGAUGGUUGAUAGCCUUUCAACUAAACUAGAGGACUUGUCAAAGGACACAUUACCAGUCCAUGGGGUAAUGUACUUGACUUGGUAUAUUCUUGUGUUUCUGCGACCGCAAGGUAUGGAUGUCCUGGUGCCUGUCAGCAAGCCAGCUCUAAAUUUAGCCUGUAGUCUAGUCACCCGCACACAUCAUGUCACUCUAGGUCUUCUCUGCUGCUACUUGCUUUUACAGGAUGCCAGGAAUUCCUCAGUACUUUAUCCUGAAGCCAUAUAUUAUUUAAGUAAUUGUCUAAAAACAACUGUUUCAAAACAAAGAAGUAGUGAAAGUAAGCAGGGGAACACAAAAUCCAAGAUGAAUAACGAGAAUGAAGCAGAUGAAGACCUCAAGUUACCCAUAGAUUUUGAGAAUGGCGUGGAAGAUGUUCACAAGGUGUUACAUUGUAGUGUUGUGUUGCUGACUGAUUUUGUCAAAGCCUACAGGAAAUACCCUCAGUCAAAACUUAUGUUCAAGCCUGUACAUGAUUCAGUAUGCAAUUUAAAGGUAGAAACAUACUCGCCAACUCUCAAAGAAGAAAUCACUGAGCUACAAACACUCUUGAAGGUACUGAGUUCAGCCCAACUUCCGUCCUUGGCAAAAAAUACAAAAAAGCCUAAAGCUCUUCGUCAGUAUGAACCAUCAUUCCAUACUGUGACGAUCGGUAAGUCACAGAGAGGCCUCCCAGCAGAGAUACAAGAGGAACAGAAAUUGUUACACAAGUACAAGCAUGAGAUGAAAGGAGCUAUGAGAGAGCUGCGUCGAGAUCGCGUGUUCUUAGCCAAUGUCAAACUGAGGGAAAAAGCACUCAGUGAUGAACAAAGAAUGAAGAAGGUGAAGGAAAUAUUCAGUUCAGGAGCUGCCCAGCAAGGGGAACUGAGGAGUUUGAAACGGAAAAAGUAAUCGUUGAUGUGAUAAAAUAAUUGCAUGUUUGACAUACAUGUAUUUAUCACAAGUCCAAAAAAUUUAGGUUUUGUUAGCAAAAGAUGUUAUGGUUUUAAGUUUAAUCUUUUUCAGUUUUAUUUCUAUUCUCAUACAAAUUAUUCUAUACGUGGACAAAUUGUGAUAAUUUCUUGGAUUAUUUAUACUUUAAAAAUCAUAUUUAGUUUUUUAAUUAAGUAUAAAUUUUUAUGUAUCUAUACAAUUUUUUAAAUUUAUACAAAUCAAAGUUAAUUGUUCAGGGACAACCUCAUCAUUGUAAAAU